CAAAUCUGCUUCCGAAAGCGACUCUCUCUCUGCUUCCUUCGCUGCGUCUUUCUUCCACGCCGAACCAAAACCACAAGCCACACCUACCUACGACGGGAGAGACGAUCCGCGCGCCGGAUCCACACCGCCCCCGCGAAACCCUAGCUAACCUCGGCUCCUCCGGCUAGCCCGCCCGGCCAUGGCCUACGUGGACCACGCCUUCUCCAUCUCCGACGAGGACGACCUCGUCGGCGGGGCCAUCGGCGGCCCGCGCGGCGCCCCCGUCAAGGAGAUCGCCUUCGCCGCCGCCCUCCUCGCCUUCGGCGCCCUCGGCGUCGUCGCCGGCCUCCUCAUGGCCGCCAACCAAGUCGGCGGCGACCGCGCGCACGGAAUCUUCUUCAUGAUUUUGGGCAUCGUAAUGUUCAUCCCUGGGUUCUACUACACAAGAAUCGCCUACUAUGCUUACAAAGGAUACAAGGGCUUCUCUUUUUCAAACAUCCCACCAAUCUAAACCAGCAUUGCGUGCUAGUUUGGCUCAUCUUGUCCAAUGGCUCUACUGAUAAAGCAAGCAGCCCUGUUAUUUUUGUCGUGUACAUUUCUUAUGUCCUGUAGAAUGAACUGCUAGUAGAUAUGUGCAUAUAAAAUGCUACCAUGAUGAUGCAUUAUGGUGUAGUGAGCUGAAAGGUUGUCAAAUUUGUGUGUAUGGUGAGUUGCUUUGCUAUUAUGUGAAAGUUAUGUUCAGUUGUUACACUGUGAUGUCUUCUCCCAUGUCUGAUAAAGAACAUACAUGAUACAUAGUGUUGCUCGCAUGAUCUUCUGUGCCAGUUUGUGCAUUUUGCU